AUGAGGUCCGCAUCUGAAUCACCACCAGAUAUCCCGGACAUCACUGAGGUACCGGAUAUGGUAGUGACCAGUGCUUGUGCGGAAACGACUGAGCUAGAGGAUACGGCUGAAGAUACGAAAUCGGAGCAGCUUGGAUCAAGCAGCGGAAAUGUCGCUGAUGACGAAAAUCUCGUCACAUCGACGUACUCUGAGGACGAUUUUUCGAAAAUGGAUUUAGAAAAGGAGCAGUGCGCUCAGCCAACUGAUGAAAUUGCCCAAGAUUUAUGUAAAAAUGGCAGUCAGUUGGAGAACGCGGAAGAAGGUUUGGAGAGCGAUGAGGAUGAUGACGAGAGAAGCUUUGUUAACACGGAAGAAGGUUUGGAGAGCGAUGAGGAUGAUGACGAGAGAAGCUUUGUUGUUUUCAACGGAGAUUUACGAUGUGAACAUGGUACGCUGGAUUACGAAUGCUGGGUAACAAAUGAACGGCGAAUUGUUGUGGAUGAAAAGGAAUGGGAUGAAUUGGUCAAUGGAAUCUUUGAGCCCGAACAUUUUUGGACUGUUAGCGUGGAUGAACUACCCUGUUCCCUUUGCGAAUCCGGUUAUUUGUAUAAAAAGGAUGAUUGGGAAGGGAUGCUACGGCGUAUGAAGGAGAUUCGCAGCAGUAUCGGUGAGCUAAUUCGCGUGGCUGUGCGUCGAACACUGCCACUGACACAAACUUAUGAACGUGUCAUCUGUCGUAAUUUCUUGAAAAAUAUGAUCGUACGAUUUAAAAGCAGAGUACGAAAUCCAACAAUCCCAUCGAUCUGCCAGGAAUGUAUGCUUUGUUCACAGCACAAAAAACCAUGUGUAUUAAUUGACAGCAACGAGGGCUUGGUAAGUUUGCGCAUAAACUUCAAGACCGCUUAG